GUCCCGCAUUUCGACAUUGUUUUAUGAAAUCAACUAUCCAAUACGUCUAUGACCUUGGAAUUAUUGACAAUUUUACUUCACAUUUUGUCCCACCUGCUAUUUGUAUAGCCAAUCACCCUUAAAGCGCAUUCACGACAUAUUGUAUGAAUAGCACAUCCAAAUAAGAAUACAUCAUGACGACCGACAUGGCGACGACGCCAUCUCAAUUAUCGACCAACAAUGGUCAUAAUGAAUCGACAGACCGGGAAGCUUCUAGAGAUCCAGCUAAUGCUGCCUCCGAAUCUUUAGAUGUAGACGAAGCCGAUGAUAGCGAUUUAGACUCCGUCUUCAAUCACGACGAUGAUAUUGCCGACGGUCUCGACUCAGAUGGGCAGCCUGAUAUAGCACGGAAUUAUAAUAGACAACGCCCUCUAAAUGCCAACCAACAAAAACCCGCCGCCAAUACAGCAGCCAAUAUAGAUGAUCAGAUCGCAGCUCUCUCAAAGCAUGCUGGAAAGAUAAGACUCGACGAUGUCAAGGAGGGCCAAGAUCGGGAGAAGGACAAGUCCGAUAGGGCUACUAGUGACCAAGUCCUCGAUCGGAGAACCCGUAUGAUCCUCUAUCAGAUGAUCAACCGCGAUGUAGUCAGCGAGAUACAUGGCGCAAUAAGUACUGGAAAAGAGGCCAACGUGUACGGCGCCGUCGCGCAUCCCGAUCCCAAUGGCCCACCAGUUCAGCGCGCUAUUAAGGUCUACAAAACAGCCAUAUUGAGCUUCAAGGACCGAGAGAGGUACAUUACUGGUGAAUACAGAUUCAAGUCCGGUGCAGAAAAAGGAAACAACCGCAAGAUGGUCAAGUUGUGGGCAGAGAAGGAGUUUCGUAACUUGCGGAGAAUUCAUUCUGCUGCCAUUCCCUGUCCCGAACCUAUCCAGCUCAAACUUCACGUCCUUGUAAUGGGUUUCCUUGGAGACAAGAAAGGCUACGCUUACCCGCGGUUACGCGACGCAAAUAUCGCGGACGAAGAUGCCGACCAGGUUUGGAGACAGCUAUAUAUCCAACUUUUAGGUAUUAUGCGACGACUCUACCAAGUCUGCAAACUAGUACACGCGGAUCUGAGUGAGUACAAUAUCUUGUAUAACGACAAGCAACUUUACAUCAUUGAUGUGUCGCAAAGUGUUGAGCACGACCAUCCUCGAUCGCUCGAAUUUCUUCGCAUGGAUGUAAAGAACACGGGCGAUUUCUUUCGGAGAAAAGGUGUCGAUACAUUACCUGACCGGGUCAUAUUCGACUUUAUCACAAACUCUCAGGGUGCGGUAGAAGAGCCGGGUGUUUCAGACGCAAUCGAGCAGCUAUAUACAUCAAGCUUGUCUUCCAACAACGAAACAGCAGCUAAGCAAGAGGUCGAUAAUGAGGUCUUCCGAAAUCAAUACAUUCCUCAGACCCUACAGCAAGUAUAUGAUAUCGAGAAGGACGCCCAAGUGAUCGGCGAGGGAGAGGGAGACAAGCUCGUUUAUCGAAAUCUUCUUGCAGACCAAGUAGUAGCAAAGCCUGAGGAAGAAGAGGCCAGCUCAGAUGACGAGUCGGGUGAUGGCGCGACACUCGAAAACGAUAGUGGAAGUGAUGAUGAGAGCGCUUUUGCAAAAGGCCCCCCUCGAGGAAAGAGAUUCCAAGAUAAAGAAGCAAAAAAGCAACACAAACAUGCUGUCAAGGAAGCAAAGGCCGAGAAACGAAAAGAGAAAAUGCCGAAACAUGUCAAGAAACGCCUAGUAUCCACGUCUUCCAGAAGAAACAAGUAAACCUGAGGCUGAAUGAGAUAUGAAAAUACACUUUUAACCUAGCGUACAUAUCUACCGACGACAACAUGAAUACAUUCAGCGUCACACACUUUGGCGUUGCAAACUGCCUAGGACAACCACUAGGUACUCAAUAGAAAAUGUGUUGCUUGAGUAGAGAGAACUCCACCCAUAGUAGCCUUCUCGCAAAUUGUGCGCCCAGAUAUCCCCUACUCUACCUAUAUAGGCAAGUCCACGCGCUAUGGUAGGUGGCGGACGCCAUCUGUGUAACUUAAGAGGUAGUUAGAUUACAGUGAGACAGUAGAAUGAACAUACGAGUGGC